UUUUUAUUUACACCCACUCCAUUGAACCGAAACGAAAACACUAACCAGCUCGUGAUUAAAUUUCCGGAAAUAUGGGAGUCGGCAAUUUUUUUCUGCUGUCUCAACUGACGGCAUUUAUUUUAUCUUUUAUUUUGUCAUUCUUCAUUUUUAUUCCAAUGUCAAUCAAUUUGAAAGAAUUUUCAGGGAACUGUCUGCUUCAUGCAACAGGAAGGUGGGAAAAUGACUCUCAGGUUGGCUCUGUUGACUGGGGUCCAAAUAGUGCUUGCAAUUUCAGUGUGUUUAUGGGCAUCAUUAUCAUGAUGUUAACACUGUUCUAUGGGAUACUAUAUUUCCUAUACCUAGCUCGUGACUCUGACAGUUCCUGGUUAGAGGCAUUCAUUACAACUAUUGUGGCAAUUGUUGUAACAUUGAUGCUGUUUGCCUCAGCAGUAACAGUCUCUGUUGGUUUGAAGACUUGGUGUGACUUCCUUACAGGCUCCUCAUCACAGAUUGUAUCAUGCGAUUUGGCAGAAUUUAUUCCAUUCACUCGAGAGCUUGCAGGCAUAAACUCCAGUAACUUUUAUUCUGAGAUGAAAAUGGUUGAGUUUGGCAGUUGGACAAGUUUUCUUUGUUGGCUUUUCCUUGCAAUUACCUCUGUGGUGAAGAUUAUCAAGUUUCAACAGCAUGAAACUUUUAUGUCCAGUAUGAACAGAGAAAGGCAAAGACUUCUGCAAAAAGUUGGCCAUGGGGAAAACUAUAAUGUUUAAAAUAUUGUUCCUGAUUAUAAUAAAUAUUGUUUACUAAUGCAGCAGUUCCACUAUGAGCUGUUGUUAUACAUGUGAGCUAAUUCUGAUAAAUCUGUUAGGCUGUCCCUGGUUUCUUAAUAUAUUUUUUCAUACCUUUCUGCCAGGCACUAAUUUACCUGCUCAUUUAAAAAAAAAUGACACAACUUCUUUCAAAAUUACUGAAACCCUUGAUAAAAGAUAAAUACAUUUGUUUGAACUGCUUUUAUCAAAUGUUUUCAGUUAAAGGCAAGUAUUUACAUGCAUACAUGCCAUAUCCCCGGCCGAAGUACAAAAUCCCAUGAUUUUCAGCCUUGUCUCUCGAUAUCUCAACGGGGGUUCGAAUUUCCCCGAUUUUUAGAAUCUAACCAUCAAAAUAUUUGUCACAUGGUUUAUUUUUUAUAACCUUUAAAAAGAUCUGAUCAUAUCAUAUAUUUAUAUGUCUCAUGCAUUUAACAUUGCAUUCAUAUAAGAUUACCUUAUUCUGAAAAUGAAAUUAAUGAAUUUCAAAUGGAACAACUUAUUUAUCUGCCAAUGAAAUAACAAAACCACUGCAUUUAUAUUUAUUUUGGCUUUACUUUCCACUUACGAUUUUUGGACUUGUUAAAAUUCAUUCAGGCUUGUCGAUAUCGCCAACCACAAAUUCCAAUGCUUUGUGUCUUCUGGCCCUUAAUUCUUUGAAUGCAGGUUUAAUACAUUCCGAAAUUAUAACUUUGUACUUUUAAUACACUGUUCGAAACUAUGACAAUGUUAUUUUAUUUUUUUUGAUACAUAUGCCUUGUAGAAUGAGAUUAUACAUUUGUAUUUGUAGAAUAUGAGAUUAUAUUUGUUUUUAUACCCCCAAAAACGAAGUUUGGGGGGUUAUAUAGGAGUCACCCUGUGGUCGGUUGGUCGGUCGGUCCAGACGUCCCUUGCAUUUUCCUUGUCCGGAGCAUAACUUGAAGACUAAUGGUUGGAAUUCAAUAUAACUACAUACAAUGGUCAAGCACAUUGAGAGGAAGUGCAGUGCACAAGAACCAUAACUCUAUCUUGACUAAAUACAGAGUUAUUGCCCUUUGUUACUUUUCCUUGUCCGGGGGAUAACUUGAAAACUACUGGUUGGAAUUAAAAACAACUUCAUACAAUUGUCAAACACAAUAAAGGGGAAGUGCAGUGCACAAGAACCAUAACUCUAUCUAAAGUAAUUACAGAGUUAUUGCCCUUUGUUACUUUUCCAUUGCUUUCUUUUGUCCGGACCAUAACUUGAAGACUAAUUGUUGGAAUUCAUUAUAACUUCAUACAAUGGUCAAGCACAUUGAGAGGAAGUGCAGUGCACAAGAACCAUAACUCUAUCUUGACUAAUUACAGAGUUAAUGCCCUUUGUUACUUUUCCUUGUCAGGUGCAUAACUUGAAAACUACUGGUUGGAAUUAAAAACAACGUCAUACAAUUGUCAAACACGAUAAAAGGGAAGUGCAGUGCACAAGAACCAUAACUCUAUCUAAAGUAAUUACAGAAUUAUUGCCCUUUGUUACUUUUCCAUUGCUUUCUUUUGUCCGGACCAUAACUUGAAGACUAAUUGUUGGAAUUCAUUAUAACUUCAUACAAUGGUCAAGCACAUUGAGAGGAAGUGCAGUGCACAAGAACCAUAACUCCAUCUUGACUUAUUACAGAGUUAAUGCCCUUAUUUACUUUUCCUUGUCCAGAGCAUGACAUGAAAACUACUGGUUGGAAUUCAAAACAACUUCAUACAAUGGUCAAGCACAAUAAGGGGAAGUGCAGUGCACAAGAACCAUAACUCCAUCUUGACUUAUUACAGAGUUAAUGCCCUUAUUUACUUUUCCUUGUCCAGAGCAUGACAUGAAAACUACUGGUUGGAAUUCAAAACAACUUCAUACAAUGGUCAAGCACAAUAAGGGGAAGUGCAGUGCACAAGAACAAUAACUCCAUCUUGACUAAUUACAGAUUUAUUGCCCUUUGUUACUUUUCCAUUGCUUUUUUUGUCCAGAGCAUAACUUGAAGACUAAUGGUUGGAAUUCAAUAUAACUUCAUACAAUGGUCAAGCACAUUGAGAGGAAGUGCAGUGCAUAAGAACCAUAACUCCAUCUUGACUAAUUACAGAGUUAUUGCCCUUUGUUACUUUUCCUGUCUAGAGCAUAACUUGAAAACUACUGUUUGGAAUUCAAUACAACUUCAUACAGUUGUCAAGGACAUUAAAAGGAAGUGCAGUGCACAAGAGUCAUAACUCCAUUUUGACAAAAUACAGAGUUACUGCCCUUUGAUACUUUUCCUUGUCCGGAGCAUAACUUAAAACGUACUGGUUGGAAUUCAAAACAACUUCAUACAAUGGUCAAGCACAAUUAGAGGAAGUGCAGUGCACAAGAACUAUAACUCCAUCUUCAGUAUUUAUAGAGUUAUUGCCCUUUGUUCCUUUUCCUUGUCUUUCUGGACUUAUUACAGAGUAAUUCAAUAAAACUUCAUCAAUGGCCAACCACAUUGAAAGGAAUGCAACAUACAAGAACCACAACUAUCUUUAAUUGCCCACAACUAUAACUCUAUAUUUCAAUUCUUUUACAAGGUAUUCUGUUACUAACAACAUUCUCAUUUCCGAAGCAGUCUUGUGGGGGUAUUAAUCACAUUUAGUGAUAGUUCUAGUUUGUAUAGUUCAGUGUUGCCUGUAAUACACUUCCUUAUUGUAAUAGCCAUAUCUCACUUAUUAUAAUCAUGCAUGUUAAAUUCAUACUUUAUCAUAUUCUAAUGAAUCUCAGUAUCACUUUAUGUAUUAUUUGUUAUAUAAUGUACAAAAAAUUUUAAAUGCCAUUUAGCUAGCACUGUAACUGUAUAAUUGAUGUUUUAUUUUGUUUCAUUAAUUAAAGACUGAUAAUUAUAAUGGUAAAGGUGCUAUAUAUUUUUGUAAAGGUGAAAGAGGCUAACCAUGAAUAUAUGAGUCAGUAAUGAGUUUUUUUUAUGCCCACAAGGCAGAUGCUGUUUUUUUGUCUGACUCCUCACAUUUUAUUACUGUGCACUAUUAUCAAAAUAAAGAUUUUUUUUAGAAUAUUAACAUGAUUAGAGAUAUAAAUGUAAGAGCUUUUAACAUAUGCUGAAUGCAUCUGUGUCCACUGUCUUGCCCGGUCCCAUUUAGAGCUAUAAAUAGGGAACUUUUAAACAAACAUCUCUUGAGAAACAAAGGCCAGAUACUAGUUACUCAUCAAACUUGGUCAUCUAUAGCAUUCUUGCAUGUAUAUUGCUGCUUAUUGCACUUACCUACAUCAAUUAUGGGCACUGUUUAAAUACCUAUUAUACUUGAACAGUACAUGUAUUUUAAAUCAUGAAAUGACUUCUUUUUAUGAAAUUGUGUAUUAUAAUGACCAAACUUAAUUCUUAUCAUCUUAUGCAAUGAUUGACAACUGUGAACACAGUAUGUCACAGUCAGUGAUGGUAAAUUAUUACCAAAAAAUUGAAUUAGAACAACUUCUUCUUGGGGAAACCAACGUAACAUUUAUUUUGAUUAGUGUUACAGGGCCAUCAUGAUCAUUCUUCUUUUGAAGUUACUGUUUAAAACAUUUACACAUUAUGACAAACCAUUUACAUGUUCACAAACAACAAUGCACAUGUUUAUCUUGCUAUGUUGUUUUUUAUAUGUUUAACAACACCUAGAUUUUACAGACAUUAUUUUGAAAUUACUGUUUUAGCUUUUAUGACCUAUACAUGUUUGUAAGUUGUUUGUUCUUAAAUUAUUCACUGUUUAACAAGUUAUAUAUUGUAAAAGAUCUGAUUUAUUUUUAUAAUAAACUAGUAAAAUCUGUGUGCCAUAUGAUCCCUUGAUAUCUAUACAUUACAUAAACCAACAAGUGAACAAGUAAAGCUAAUGUUUUCUAUAUUUAAUAACAUAGUGUAUAAAUUGAGCAUUUUAAUGAUUUAGAAUAGUUAUUGCGUUACUGACACAGUUUCAUAUCUGACAUACUCGGACAUAUAUAAAUCUGCUAGUAGUUAUAUUAGUAUUUUAUUUUGACCAAUGAUGAUUGUAAUCGUAUGUCUAUUGGAUAAAUGCUAAUUUUUAAUCUAUUUUCAACACAUGGUUACUUUUAUUGUGAUGAAUUUUUCAGAAAAUGGAAUUUUUAUUACACCCACACCAUAAACAUGUCGAGGGUGCUAUUCCGGAAUUACUUUGUCACAUCAUAUAAAUAUUAUCACUCUUAAUGUAUAUUCUUCAAAGUAGGCUCCAAUGUUUACCUGAACAAAGAAAUUUUCAGAGCCCCUGCUACAAUUAUGCUUCUUCAUGCUCACAUUGUUCAAAUGUUUACCUUCUGCAGCUGUAGUUUUAAUAAUGUCAUAAUUUUCUCUAAUUAACAUUUGUUUUGAACUAUGCAUUGCUUUGUGAUUUCUUUUAGUUUUGAGCAAAAUGGCCUCCAAAAGAAUGGCAGUUUAUUUUUUUACAUAUAAUAUAAGGUUGUACAUUGUAUUAUAAAAAUAUUACUGGUAUAAUGUCAUAGUAAGCUAAUUUUCACACAACAUGCUAAACAAAGCUUUGCAAAAACUUUAUUGUACGAAAAUUAUUGCCAAUAAAAGCUUUUAAUUUGACACCAUUAUGCCUCAGAGAGGAAUAAUUUUUCUCCCAUUUUAGGAUGACCAAAUAUAGGUGUUAAAAUGUUGGAAUAACUGUUUCAGAGCACGUAAGAUGCUUUUCACUUGGAGAAAAUAGCGUUAAUGUUAAAUUAUUUGUUAUUGAAGUAGGGAAUUGGCAAGCGUUAAUGUUAAAUAAUUUGUUAUUGAAGUAGGGAAUUGGCAAGCGUUAAUGUUAAAUAAUUUGUUAUUGAAGUAGGGAAUUGGCAAGCGUUAAUGUUAAAUUAUUUGUUAUUGAAUUAGGGAAUUGGCAAGCGUUAAUGUUAAAUAAUUUGUUAUUGAAGUAGGGAAUUGGCAAGCGUUAAUGUUAAAUAAUUUGUUAUUGAAGUAGGGAAUUGGCAAGCGUUAAUGUUAAAUAAUUUGUUAUUGAAGUAGGGAAUUGGCAAGCGUUAAUGUUAAAUAAUUUGUUAUUGAAGUAGGUAAUUGGCAAAUGAGUAACAUUUUAGAAACUAUGACAGGACACCAAAAUUUUUUUAAAAAAAGCUUUUUAAGAACAAAAAGCAUUUUUGGGGCAUAAUGGGCCUUUAAAUAAAGCAUGAAAUUACUCCAGUGUUAAAGUUGUAUUAAAGAAAGGAUUCAGUGAUCAAUAUUGAAGUCUUUGAAAAACUUGAAAGUCGAUUGUUGUUAAUUGUUUUUUGCUACAUUACUUCAUGACUUUUGGUUUAAAAUGUUAAAAAAAAUCCUUCCAAGAAAACAGUUAUACAGAAAAAUGGAGACAUACAAAGUUUGAUAUUUUACAGAAUAAUAAUUACACUUCGCAACUGUUUUAAACAUUGUACAGAAUAUUUGAUUGUCAAUUUCUUGUUAAGAUACGUAUUGUGUUCAAAUUUGUAUAGACUGUUCAAAAAAAUAAUAGAAUAUUUAUGUUUUUAUGAGUAUUGAAAGGUCGACUAAUACAUGUAUAUACUCACAAUGUAAAUUGCUGAUGCUUUUAUUACAUUCUAUCUGUGCCAAUUUCUUGUACACAUGUACUGAGAGUUUGUUAUGUUCUGACACAUUGAGAUUUUAUAGAGGACACUUUGUUUUUUUGUUUUAUGAACUUUAUAUUUAAAGGAUAUUGGUUGGAAGCGUGUUGGUAUUUUUAAUAUUAGAUAUAUUUUAUAAUGUUAUUGUCCUUACUAAUUUGUGUCAACAAGUGUGAGAUGAUGUAAGGUCUUCUGUAUAAGGUGUGGUUUAUUUAACCUGUAACCUACUGAAUUUGUGUAAUGGAUUUGCCCUGCUUUGAAUUUGGAACAGUCCAUUCAAACUGUAAGGUAUUUCAAUAUCAAAUUAUAUUUGUUUGGUUUUAUCGCGCACCAACAAUAUUUAUGUCAUAUGGCGCUGAAACAGUUAAGAUGAUUUUUGCUAACCUCAGGUGUUACAAAUUUAACACCAGUGGUCAAAAACACCUCACCUGCCUGAGCUAAGAGAUGCAUAGACUCUAUAUAGUAAUGCCAAUGCAUUUAGUCGCCUCUUACGAUCACCCAGGGUUAUAUAGAAUAUCAAACUAUGAAAUAAGAACUGCUACAGAACAGAGCCUGGUUAGACUUCAUGGAUAUCCAGGCUGGCCUAGCUCAUUACAAGUGAGAAAGGCUUAUCACAUUCAGUUACAGCAGGUUAAGGGUUAGACAGCAAAAAAUAUAUGUGCCAUUCAAAAAUUUGAUUGUCAUGUAAAAUUGGUGAUUUUUCAAGACCUAAAUGGAGCAAUAUAUUUUUCUAGUCAAUACAUUUAUUUUAUGUGUUAGUGUCUCUGUGUUUUGUCCUUCCUAUCUACUGAAAUUAUAAUGAUAUACAUGUAUCUUCAUUGUAAUAUUAUAGAGAACAGUAAAAAAAAAGUUGUCUGUUCAUGGGUACACAGUUUCAGUACUUUUAAGCAAAUCUUUCCUAUUCAUGUAUAGUAUCAGGCCUGUAAAUUUGUUUUAACUGAAUAGUCAAUUUAGGUUCUAGCAGCUUUAGGGCUUUUUAUUGUAUAAUCCUGAAGUUCUUUAACUGUUUGUAUUUUUUAAAACUUUUAAUUUGUUAAUGUAUACUUUCAUCAAAACUGUUCACCAUUUUAAGAUGGAGUGUCACACAGGAAAUUCAGGUCCCUGAGGCCAAGGUCACAUAGAAAAAAAAUGAAAUUGUGUGUAUAAUGGACAAUUUUAUAGUCUUUAAUAGAGGAACUAUAUCACAAAUGUUCACAAUCAUGAGACUGAGUAUUGCCAGCAUAUUCAAGUCAACACAUGUAAGGUCAAGGUCACCAAAGGUAAUUUAAUGUCUAAAUUUUGUGCAUAGCAUACAUUCUACAUGCAUGGAGCGUUUUACACAAGACAAAUAUUCACGAUCAUGAGAUGUGACAGGCGUAGUUUGUGACAAUGGAAAUCUUGUUAUCUGUUCAUGUUAUAAAGUAUAAACAUUCAUUUAUUUCAUUUGUAAAUGUACAAAGAUGAAAAAAAAUUUUUAUUUUAAGUGUUACACUAUAUCAUAAUAUCAAUAUGAUUGUGCUAUACUUGGUUGAAAAACUUUUAUAUAUGUGAAGCUAUGCUAAUUUCUGUUUAACUGCUGCAUAUUAUAUUCUUAAUAAAAACUAUGUUAUUAAA